GCUACUGCGCAUGUGUAGUAUUCGCCUGCGCGUUGCUCUGGUGCGAGACAUGAGCAGGGCUUGAAAUGUUUACCUUAUGUUUUGCUUGUAGUAUAUAGAUAUCUUCUCAAUAGUUCGUUGUCUUUUAAUCGCAACUAGAAAUAAAAUCAAGAUGAAAACGAGAUUCAAUACCGUGGACAUUAGGGCAGUCAUUGCUGAGAUAAAUGCCAACUACCUUGGCAUGAGAGUCAACAAUGUCUAUGACAUCGACACUAAGACGUAUCUCAUCCGCCUGCAAAAGCCUGAUACCAAAGCUAUUCUCUUGGUUGAGUCCGGAGUUCGCAUUCACUCUACAGACUUUGAAUGGCCCAAAAAUAACAUGCCUUCUGGCUUUGCUAUGAAGUGCCGAAAGCACCUAAAGUCAAGGCGCUUGACACAGGUGAAGCAGCUUGGAAUUGACCGCAUUGUUGACAUCCAGUUUGGCUCAGACGAGGCUGCUUACCACUUAAUCGUGGAACUCUAUGACAGGGGCAACAUAAUCUUGGCAGACCAUGAAUACACCAUCCUAAAUCUGCUGCGGUUCCGCACUGCUGAGGUGGAGGAUGUGAAGAUCGCAGUGAGAGAACGGUAUCCUGUGGAGAAUGCGCGCCCGCCGGAGCCUCUGAUCAGCCUGGAGAGACUGAGUGAAGUCCUCUCGAAAGCAACCCAUGGAGACCAAGUGAAACGGGUCCUUAAUCCCCACCUUCCCUAUGGAGCCACUCUGAUAGAGCACUGUUUGAUAGAGGUGGGUCUAUCAGGGGCAGUGAAAGUGGACAGCCAAGCACACGCUGCUCAAGCACCUAAGAUCCUGGAAGCCCUGCAGAUGGCUGAAACGUACAUGGAGAAAACUGAAAGCUUCGAAGGGAAAGGUUACAUCAUUCAAAAGAGUGAGAAGAAGCCAAGCUUAGCUGCAGACAAACCCUGCGAAGAACUGCUCACGUAUGAAGAGUUUCAUCCAUUCCUAUUUGCUCAGAAUGCAAAGGGCCCACAUUUGGAGUUUGACACAUUUGACAAGGCAGUGGAUGAGUUCUACUCUAAGAUGGAGGGCCAGAGGAUCGACAUGAAGGCCCUGCACCAGGAGAAGCAGGCCAUGAAGAAGCUGGACAACGUUAAGAAGGACCAUGAGCACAGGCUGGUGGCUCUGCACCAAGCCCAGGAGGUGGACAGGGUGAAGGGGGAGCUGGUGGAGAUGAACCUGGCGGUGGUGGAGCGGGCCCUCCAGGUAGUCCGCAGCGCCCUGGCCAACCAGGUGGACUGGGCCGAGAUCGGCCUCAUCGUCAAGGAGGCCCAGGAGGCUGGGGACCCCGUGGCCUGUGCCAUCAAGGAGCUGAAGCUGCAGACCAACCACAUCACCAUGCUGUUGAAGAACCCCUAUGUUGUGGAAGACGACCAAGAGGCAGACGAGGAGGAGGAAGAGGUGGCAGAGAAGAAGGUCCAGAAGGGGAAGAAGAACAAGAGGGACAAAGGGCCGGCCACCAAGCUACAGAAGGACAAGCCCAUGCUGGUGGACGUGGACCUCAGCCUGUCGGCCUACGCCAACGCUAAGAAGUAUUACGACCACAAAAGGACGGCAGCGAAGAAGGAGCAGAAAACGGUUGAGGCAGCAGAAAAGGCUUUUAAAUCAGCAGAAAAAAAGACCAAGAAGACCCUCAAGGAGGUCCAGACGGUGACCACCAUUCAGAAAGCCAGGAAGGUCUACUGGUUCGAGAAGUUCCUGUGGUUCAUCAGCUCUGAGAACUACCUGGUGAUCGCAGGAAGAGACCAGCAGCAGAACGAGAUGAUCGUCAAACGCUACCUGAGGGCUGGUGACAUCUAUGUUCAUGCUGAUCUCCAUGGAGCAACGAGCUGUGUCAUCAAAAAUCCAUCAGGGAUUCCUAUCCCCCCUCGUAGCCUGACGGAGGCUGGGACUAUGGCUGUGUGCUACAGCGCCGCCUGGGACGCCAAGGUCAUCACCAGCGCCUGGUGGGUCCACCACCACCAGGUCUCCAAAACGGCUCCCACUGGAGAGUAUCUGACUACUGGAAGUUUUAUGAUCAGAGGGAAGAAGAACUACAUGCCACCGUCAUAUUUAAUGAUGGGCUUCAGCUUCGUCUUCAAGGUGGACGAGCAGAGUGUCUUCAGGCACCGAGGGGAGAGGAAGGUGAAGACCGUCGAGGAGGACAUGGAGGCGGAGACGUCCAGUGCAGCGGAACUGCUAGAGGAUGGGGAGGAGUUGAUCGGGGACGACAGCAGCAACGAAGGAGAGGGGGAGGAGGGAGGAGAAGGAGAGAAGAUGGGAGAGGCAGCUCCCAAAGAGCUUCCACUUAUCCCUGAGGAGGAGAAGGAGGGCGUCAAGGAGGAGGAGGAGGGGGAGGAGGAAGAAGAGGAGGAGGAGGAGGGGGAGGGAGUAGUGGAAGUCGAGGAGAAUGAAGACGACAUCUGCUUUCCAGACACCACCAUAUCUCUCUCCCACUUACAGCCUGGCAGGCCUGCUGCUCUUGCCAUUUUCCCAAAGGAAGAGACCAUCCAGGUUGAUGCGGAUGCCAUGGGGAGAAAGCACAUGACCGCCAAGCAGAGAAGGGAAGAGAAGAAGAAGAAGCAGAAGGAGGGUGAGGCUAAGGGCGAGGAGGAGGAGAAGAAGACGGACAGUUUGCCUGCUGUCCGGGCCACCAGCCAGGAGAACAAGGGAGGAGGAGGAGCUACAGCAAUCACCCAGGAACCCCCCAAGAGGGGUCAAAAGAACAAGCUUAAGAAGAUCAAGGAUAAGUACCGGGACCAGGAUGAAGAGGACAAGGAGCUGAUGAUGAAGCUGCUGGGGUCCGCUGGCUCCGCCAAGGAGGAGAAGGAGAAGGGGAAGAAGGGCAAGAAGGGGAAAGAGGAGCCGGUCAAAAGAGGACCCCAGAAACCCCGCGUGGCGGCGCCCCCAGUGAGGAUAGAGGUGUGUGCUGAGGGGGAGGACCCAGGAGAGCCCGCCGAACCAGAGGACAAGGACGAUGAGGUGGACCAGGAUAACCCUGGAGCAGAGGAAGCAGAGAACCUCCUCACCUCUCUGACUGGCCAGCCCCAUGCAGAGGACGUGCUGCUGUUUGCCGUGCCCGUCUGUGCACCCUACACCGCCCUCUCCAACUACAAGCAUAAGGUGAAAUUGACGCCAGGCGCUCAAAAGAAGGGCAAAGCUGCGCGCACUGCAGUCCUCAGCUUCAUGAAAGCCAGGGAGGUCACAGUGAGAGAGAAGGACCUGUUCCGCAGCGUCAAGGAUACGGACCUGUCGAGGAACAUGCCUGGCAAAGUUAAAGUAUCUGCACCAAACCUACUGGCGGCCAAGAGGAAAUGAGAAUCAAAAGGAGAAUUUUGAUCAGUUUGAGCCUUGAGUAUUUUAAUUGUAAUUUAUAGAGGAUAGAUAAACAGACUGGUUGGUUUCUUUUAGACCCCGAGGGUCAGCUUUCAUUUUUUUUUUUAUCUGAUAUGGAAUGUGUGUUCUUUUCAAAUAAAAACAUGCAUAAAUUAACAAUA